AUGUCGGUGCUACCGGCUUCUAUCGUUGUCUUUCGUCGUGGCAUGGGGGCAAUUGGGGGAUCAACGGGUGUUGAUUGCUCAACAGAGGUGUCAGAGUCUUUACAUGCAUCUGAAGGCCUUUGGUUGUCCACAGAUGGGGGUGGCAUGAUCGUUGGUGAAGACGAAGGCAAUGAUGACGGUGGCUGA